AUGGUGCUGGCCAGAUUCUUUCUUUAUAUUGCCGGGGCCAGACUUGCUGUGACAGCACCAAAUGCCGCAGUACAGCCACCAAGUACCUCCGAAUGGGACUUGUCUAAACCAUUGAAUGGGUUUACCUUCCAGCGAGCCAAGGCGAGGUCUGCUCCUGCAAUUGACAAGCCGGCUCUGCUUUAUUCCAGGAUUACCAGCAUCAAGGGCUCAUCAAGCAAUCAAAAUGCGGUUUCAAGCCUCGUGCAAAUUUUGCAAACACCCCCUUCACACGGCCAGCACACAUAUCAAAACAUCAGCACCACCGGAAACUUAUCGACUCAAUACGCCAUUCAAUGCGGAUGGGACGGUGCUCCAGUGUGGUUGCUUCUCGACACAGGAAGCGCGGACACAUGGGCAGUUCAAACCGGUUUCGAAUGCCAUGACUCUCAUGGUGCGAAACAUAAUCAGGCCGCAUGUGCUUUUGGGAACCCCCAUGUAAAGAAAUUUCAAAACGGUCCCAUUGAUGGUCUUCACUUCUAUUUGAAAUAUGGCUCUGGCGAGAAAGUCUUCGGCCCCAUGGGUUACGCUGAUAUCUCUUGUGGAGGUGUUUCUGUCCCGAGACAACAAGCUGGGCUCGCUAACUAUACCUAUUGGCACGGUAAUAACCUUACGGUCGGCAUAUUGGGUCUUGCAUACCCAUCCAUUACAAGUGCUUUCUAUGGGGAGAUUGGACAAGAAGCUGCCUGGAAUGCCAUCCAAUAUGUACCUUUCCUGACAAAUGCUAUCAUGCAAGGAAGCAUAGAUCCGGUUUUCAGUGUUGCUCUGGCCAAGAACUCUUCGAAUGGAAUUAUUGCCUGGGGUGGCUUGCCGCGAGUCGAGAGAGCAAGUGAUAUCUACGCCGAGACUGACCUAAUCAUUGCAAAUCUCGUCGGAUCAGCGGAAACGUCAUGGAGAUACUCUUUCUACACUAUUAUCCCUGAUGGUAUAAUCUGGGGCCAAAGGAUGGAUAAAACUAAAUUCCCAUACAUUGUGGAUACGGGGACGACAAUGAACUAUCUUCCGCCUCCCUUGGCCGAGGCUGUCGCCAAUGCUUUCCAGCCUCGUGCAGUGUACUUGUAUCAAUGGGGCUCUUACUUUGCUCCGUGCGAUGCAGUACCUCCAAGCUUUGCCGUUGUAAUAUCAGGGGUUGAGUUUUGGCUGAACCCUGCGGACAUGAUCUACCGCGACCUGGUCGAUCCUAUGACCGGCUACUGUGCCGUUGCUAUCACCAGUGGCGGGUCGGGGCCGUACAUCUUGGGGGACGUGUUUCUGCAAAAUGUUGUGGCCGUAUUCGACAUUGGAGGAGCACAAAUGCGCUUCUACCGUAGGGCGUGA